AAAGAAUAAAAAUUAUUCAACAAUCGUUCAUACCUCACUUUAAGAAUUUUUGCUCAAACAAACAAAUUCACGCAAUAUUAUCUUCAAGAGAAUCACUGUUAGCGUAGCGUCUAUCAUUUCUUUGUUUAACAAUAUUUAAUCCCAAUGACAGUUUUUCCACUUAAUCAUUUUACGAUGUACGCAGACAGUGUCGUUACACCUGAUUGCGAUGCACGUUUAUAUAAUAUAAUGACCCGCGCUGUUGCGAUUUUCUAAACUGUCCGGCAAAUAAUUCUCAUGAAAAUCUUACAUUGUGCACAUUUCCCUACCAAUUUACGCGAGUCAUUAAUUCUAAUCAUUGUUGGAUUAAGAUUGAUCAAGGUUAUAUAAUAAAUUCAAUAUAAAAGACAAGGUCAAAUUUCGGACAAGAAACUUGAUUGAAUAUAUUGCAUGAAUACAUAAUUGCUCUGAGAUAUGUAUACAGUUAAGGCUUUGUAUAUACGUAGUAGAUUUAAUGUAUAACUUAUACAGAAAUAAGUAUCAAUAGUCGCUUUAAGUGGUUAUAUGUAUGUUAUCGUUAAUUCUUGCGAGUAAGUGUUCUAGAGCGGAUAUAGCGAAUUUAUGAAUUUACAACCCCUUUACGACUGUGUAACUAUAUAAUUUUAAUCAUGGUUUAUAUUAUGUGGAUGUUUUAACAGUCGUGAAAUUGCGAAUUACUCGGUUAUAUAACGAUUUCAGAGAAGUAGAUUUUCAUUGGCUUAAAAAUUAUGUAUUGGUGCGAGUACUUCAUAUUUAAGUUGAUAUAAUAAUUCAGAAUAACAUAAAUUACGCAAUCACUUGAAUUCUCUUAGGAAUCGUCGAUAUGAUAGAAAUACGCCCAUCGAGUCAUGUGAUUGAUUAGGUUUUCGACUUUGGGAUUAUUUAUCAUUUCCUGAUUAAUCUUGAUUGUUGUGCAUUCGACACUUUUUUUCUCUUUCCAAAGACAUUUAAUGAUUCCGUGAAGAGUCUGAUAACAUGGAAAUAUUAUCAAGUACCAUUUAUCUUGCAGGGACAAAUAGUCGUGUGUUAUACUAAUGAGUAUUAUGCUAUUUGAAAUGCGAAGCAGAAUGAAAGAAAUAAUAGAGCAGAAAAUUGGCUUAUUUUGAAAAUGUCCGAAGAAAAUUACAGAAUUAUGAGAACGUAGAUAACGAAAGUUGUUAAAAAGAAUAUAUAUGUAAUUCGUAUGUAUAUAUAUACAUAUGCGGUCACGUUGACAUUGUCUAGCAGUCAAGGCAGCAUAACUCGGACUUAUGUAAGGUUCUUGUAAAAUAGCAGCAAAGUGCGCAUUGUUGUUGGCUUAUCAGGGCAGAAAUAACGAAGCAUAAAACAAAUGCGAACUUAAUAAUUUCCAUCGCUUGAUAUUGCAUUACGAAGAAAAUCCUGAUGUUUAAAAUUUUCAAGAUAAAAACAAACAGAAGUAACGCACAGUAAGAGUUAUUUGCUGAGUAAACAUGUUAAAGGAAAUGAAGAAAUUCUCUUUACAAAAAACUUGUGCGAUAACUUCGUAUGGGUCAUCUUCUUGCUCAGUUAAUUUGUCUUAGAGAAUGCAAUUCGCCUUGUUAAGGAGCAUAAUAUUUUUUACGGUUGGGAAAAUACCAGAAAAGGAAUACUUACUACAUCAUGAGGAUCAUUAAGGAUAAUUGUUACUGUUAUUCUCGUUCUUGUUAGACGGCAAUUAUUCCUUAUUGAUAGGAUGGGCAUGAUGCGUUGAUAACAUUGACAAGCAUUUUGUAGUAUGGCGGCUUAUCAUUCCUCAGGCGUAAACGUAGUAUGCAAUUUGUAAUACACAGCUGUCGGAAUGGUUGCUGUAGGUAGAAAGUAAAUGAAAUCGUGACAGCUGACCCCGGUUUUGAUGAGAUAAAAAAGUAGAGACUGGUAGAGACUCGACUGUGGAUGUGAUCAGAUACGACGGAGUCGAGAGGGAUUACCGAUACAAAGCAUUAGUGGAGGACUAUAUACUUACUUAUAUUUUUAUCAUACGACAAAAAAUCCAGACCUAUCAGUGUUCUGCAUUCUCAGUAUAAAUCGGAAUACCAUUCGCUAUCGACGUGCAUUCAUCGUAAAAGUUUUGUGUUUUAGACCUGUGCAAACAAACGAAUCCACAAAAAUGGUUGAGAAGUAUGAAAGUGUUGCAGGUUCGAGUCAGUCCAGUCUUGAGAUUGCGACUGACAGAACUCCUUUACUGCAAGACCAUCGCACUGCCAUGGGAGAGAAGAACAUAGGAAUUUCACAGCAGACGCUGGUAUCCAAUGCUGGCGAUGUGACUAAUAAAGCUAAAAAGCUUCCACAGUAUGCUGCGGGUUUGGCAUCAACCUUGGGAGCUCUAGCAGCUGGUAUGGUGCUAGCUUGGUCGUCACCUGCUGGUACUGACGGUGUCAAUCUGUCAGGAUCCUAUGACUUUAGUAUUUCUCCAAAUCAGUUCUCAUGGAUCAGUGCUUUAGUCCCCCUUGGAGCAGCAACAAUCUGUGUACCUAUUGGAAUCCUUGCUGAUUUGGUUGGAAGAAAGACAGCCAUGCUCAUGCUAGUAGUGCCGUUCAUGGUUGGCUGGGCUCUUAUUAUUUGGGCAAACUCAGUCGUAAUGUUUUACAUUGGUCGUUUUAUCACUGGUCUGAGUGGCGGUGCAUUCUGCGUAACAGCACCAAUGUACACAGCAGAGAUUGCAGAAAGUGAAAUUCGAGGAAGCCUGGGUUCCUACUUUCAACUGAUGCUCACCGUGGGUAUCCUUCUUACCUAUGCACUUGGCAUGGUAACAAACAUGUUCCAAUUAUCCAUCAUUUCUGCAAUCGUACCACUCAUCUUUUUCGGAGUGUUCUUCUUCAUGCCAGAGACACCUACAUAUUACAUCAAGAAAGGAAACAUCGAUGCUGCCAGAGCAAGUCUUAUAAGACUACGAGGGCCAAGAUACAACGUAGAACCUGAACUCUUGGCACAAAGACAAUCCCUAUCGGAAACUGCUGAAAACAGAGGUUCCUUCUUCACAGCAAUCAAAUCAAAAGCUGCAAUUAAGGGACUGAUAAUUGCCUUUGGACUGAUGUUCUUCCAACAGCUAAGCGGUAUCAACGCCAUCAUUUUCUAUGCCAACAGCAUUUUCAAUGCAACUGGUACUAGUCUCUCGGCCAAUGUCUCCACCAUCAUCGUAGGCGUCAUGCAAGUCGUCGCUGUCUUCGUCAGUAGUCUCAUUGUCGAUAAACUAGGCAGAAGGAUUCUUCUCCUGGUAUCUAACUUUGUCAUGUUUGUCACCGCCCUGAUUAUCGGUAUCUACUUCUAUCUGAAAAAUAACGGGCACGACGUCCAAGCCAUUGCAUGGCUACCACUAGUUGCAGUAUGCGGAUUCAUCAUCCUCUUCUCCCUUGGUUACGGUCCCAUUCCUUGGAUGAUGAUCGGCGAGAUAUUUUCUUCUCAGAUUAAAGGAAUUGCUGGUAGCAGUGCCUGUUUAUUCAAUUGGCUAAUGGCAUUCGUUGUGACUAAAUUCUACAGCGACCUGGUGAACUCUGUAGGCAUGGCAAUACCUUUCUUCAUAUUCGCUGCAGUUUCAGCCGUUGGUACCGUUUUUGUCUUUUUCGUUGUACCGGAAACGAAAGGCAAAUCUCUUGAUGAAAUUCAACAAGAACUUGGAGGUAAUCCAGUUGUUGCUCAGCAAGGGAUGAAAGCAUGAGGACACGUUGUUAUAAGCGUUGAAAUCGCUUCGACAAAAUCUCGUGACAAUGCUCAAUGACUUCUAUGCUAAUGUUACGAAAAUAAUGGUCGCAUAAGGGAGGCUUCAAAUUAAUGCUAUUGAUAAAAGCAUACCUCGUCGAAAUACAUGUCAGAUACAGGCGAAAAGUUUAACAUUCUGAGCGAUUCGAUCAAUGACGAUGACGUCGUGAUGAUCUUAUAGUACGUCGGAUAUCCUCGCAUAAGACUGAUUCUUGUAUAAAUAUUCAUUCUUUGCAUGUCUUUCAUGACAUAUCUAUUAUGUAUUAUUUCUGUGAAUAUAAUGUGCAUGAACCCCGUUGUUGUAAAACUGUAAAUAAAUUAUUGUUACUUAAACGUA